GCAAACCAAUGGUCCCUGUUAUUUCUGUUGCCAAGUUCCAAAAAUAGAGCACCAAAACAACCCAGAAUUUCUGAAACAUGGCGAUAAUAUUGGCCAUCCCAAAAUAUACUGCAUUCUGGUGUCUCCUCCUUCCUCUUCGAUAUCCCAAAUGACUCCAUAACCAAACCCUUUUCUCAAACAGUUCUUCCCCCUCAUAGAUGAGGGCUGGGAGAUGGAAAACAAACCAAGAGGAUUAUUCCAAACCAACCCAAUUCUCUCUCUUUUUUCCUCCUCAUUUUUCUCCUCACCAAUGGCAACCCUCCUCCUGGUUUUUUCCUUCGUCUCCGCCGCAAUCACCGCUGUCUCGGCUGCGACGGCCUCCUCGGCCGCGGUUUCCUAUACCCCACAGGACAACUACCUGAUCGACUGCGGCUCAAAUGCCCAAACCACACAUUCUGACGGCAGGCAGUUCUUGUCGGACCAAAGCUCCGGAAAAUACUUCUCCUCACAAGGCAAAGACAUUCUCGUCUCUGUCCCCUCGGCAGAUGUCCCCUCUCCUGUUUAUCUCUCAGCUAGGAUUUUCACCGAAACGGCUACCUACAGCUUCCACAUUUCUCGACCUGGUUGGCAUUGGAUUCGCCUCCAUUUCUACCCCUUCAAAACCACAGAUUACAAUCUCUUUGACGCAAAGUUCACGUUAACAACCGAUAAUCUAGUCCUCCUCCACGAAUUCAAUGUGGGUAGUAACACAAGUUGGUUCUUCAAAGAGUACCUCAUCAACGUGACGACUGAGCGUUUUUCGUUGAAAUUUCAACCUGUGAAGGGGGCUCCGGCGUUUAUCAAUGGGAUUGAGGUGGUUUCUGCACCUGAUUUGUUGAUAACCGAAACGGGUUCGACUCUGUUUCCCGUUGCCCAAUACAAUGACAUGGGGAUUCAAUCUUACGAAACCGUGUAUAGGUUGAACGUUGGUGGCCCUGAAAUCACGUCGCGAAACGACUCGUUGGGCAGGACGUGGAUGCCCGAUUUGCAGUACCAAGCGCCCAAGCAGAUGUGUCAGAAUGUGUCUGUUGAUCCUUCUGCCAUCAAGUAUCCCGAAGGUGGUUCACGGCUGAUAGCACCGCAAUCUGUGUAUGCUUCCGCCGUGGAGAUGGCCAAUGCAAACACCAAAAGCCCCAACUUCAAUGUAACAUGGAAUUUGGACAUUGAUUUGUCGUACCAGUACUUGGUCCGUCUCCAUUUCUGCGACAUAAUAUCCGAUUCGCUCAACGACCUUUACUUCAACGUGUUCAUCAAUGGAAAGACGGCCAUUUCUGGGAUUGAUUUGUCCACCCUCACCGGUGGUUUGGCAACUGCGUAUUACAAAGAUUUCGUUGUGAACUCCACCAUGGUUUCUACCCCCCUGAGUAUCCAGAUUGGCCCGUGGACACAAGGGACAGGAGCGAUAAACGCGCUUCUUAAUGGCAUUGAGGUUUUGAAAAUGAACAACUCGGUUAAUAGUCUUGAUGGCGAGUUUGGCGUGGACGGGAAGACUGCCAGGGGUGGCGUUAACAAAGUCACGGUGGCUGCGGUAGGGUUCGCGAUGAUGUUCGGAGCCUUUGUGGGGCUGGGUGCCGUCGCUGUCAAGUGGCAGAAAAGGCCUCAUGACUGGCAAAAGAGGAAUUCGUUCUCGUCGUGGCUACUUCCACUCCACGCCGGCGACAAUAGUUUCAUGAACAGCAAGAACUCAAUGGGGUCUAAAAAGAGCCAAUUCUUUUCAUCGACAACGGGGCUAGGCCGGUACUUCUCUUUCGCAGAAUUAAGCGAGGCGACAAAGAACUGGGACCCCAACGCGGUGAUAGGCGUUGGUGGAUUUGGCAACGUUUAUAUCGGGGAGAUUGACGAUGGAAUACAAGUCGCUGUCAAGCGCGGAAACCCACAGUCAGAACAAGGUAUAAACGAGUUCCAAACGGAGAUUCAGAUGCUAUCGAAGCUGAGGCACCGUCAUUUGGUGUCCUUAAUUGGUUACUGUGACGAAAAUGAGGAAAUGAUCCUCGUUUACGAGUUCAUGUCGAACGGGCCACUCAGGGACCACCUAUACGGCAAAAACCUCCCUCCAAUGUCCUGGAAAAAAAGGUUGGAAAUAUGCAUCGGGUCGGCUCGGGGGCUGCAUUACCUCCACACGGGGUCAGCGCAGGGGAUCAUCCACCGCGAUGUGAAGACCACAAACAUUCUGCUGGACGACAACUUCGUUGCCAAAAUGGCCGAUUUCGGGUUGUCCAAGGACGGGGCUGCUAACGGCUCGGGGCAAACUCACGUCAGCACCGCGGUCAAGGGGAGUUUCGGGUACCUCGACCCGGAGUACUUCAGGAAGCAACAACUGACGGACAAGUCGGACGUAUACUCGUUCGGAGUGGUGUUGUUGGAGGUUUUGUGCGCUCGACCCGCUCUCAAUCCCGCCCUGCCAAGAGAACAGGUGAACUUAGCAGAGUGGGCGAUGCAGUGGAAGCGAAAGGGGUUGCUGGAAAAGAUCAUGGACCCGAGCCUCGCCGGGGCCAUCAACCCGGAAUCGAUGAACAAGUUUGCCGAGGCAGCAGAGAAGUGUUUGGCAGAAUACGGUGUCGAUAGGCCAACCAUGGGCGACGUGCUGUGGAAUCUGGAGCAUGCUUUGCAAUUGCAAGAGGCCUCCUUAGAGGGCAAGGCAGCCGAGGAGGACGAGAACAACAAAGCAAACGCAGCAAGUGCCGCUGCCGCUGUUGUUGCCCCGGUUGAUAACAAGGCAAACACAGCAAGUGCCACUGGCGCCGUUGUUCCCCCGGCUGAGGUUCCGGUCAUCGAUGAGCACUCCGGGACGGCGAUGUUUGCCCACUUCGCUGCCAUUAACGGGAGAUGAAGUCCUGAAUUCUCGACUUGAUUUACUUCUUCUACGACUUCGCGAUAAAUCAUGACAUAACUAUAUAGAGACAUAUAUAGAUGUAUAUACAUA